UGUUGUCAACAAUAGUACAGAGUACAGAGUACAGAGUACUCUGAUCUGGUACUCCGUACUAUCGUAUCGAUCGAAGAAUAGGAGUCGAUCAAGUGCCUGAGGCAUCAAUACCCCCGCUAUUUGCAAUAGUGCCCGUCAAUGCUUCGAUAGUUCUACUUUGUUUGGUGUCUCAAUUCUUCGCCUUGCACCGUUACUGCUUCUCCAACAAUUAAUGGAUCAAUGGAGCACAAUACUGUCCGCUCCCGGCGCACGCAUCAGAAAUCGCGACUGGGUUGUCGCAACUGUAAAAAACGCCGUAUCAAGUGCGAUGAGAAGAAACCAGCCUGCUCCAAUUGCCAGCACCAUGGCAUCUCCUGUGACUUUACAGCAUCUCUCCCAGCCUCACCUUCUCCGGCCACCUCCGAUCCUGAUGAGCCACAACGGCGCCCUGCCUCGAAAUAUCGGUUCAGAGCGUCGCGAUACCAGUCCCAAUUGGGCCGCAUUAGUAUGCCCGUUAGUGAGACACCCACGGCCUCGACCGGGGUUCAAUGCGACGAUCCUUCUAUUCGCCCGGAUGGUCUGUCGCUGCCCGACCUCCAGUUAUUCCACCAUUUUGUCAUCUCGACUUACCGCACUGUUGCUGAGGAUGCUCACGGCUGGGAACUGUGGCAAGUCCAUGUUCCUCAGUGGAGUAUGACUUUUUCGUCAAUCCUCCAUCUCCUUCUGGCUUUCUCGGCUCUUCAUCGUGGCCAUCAACAGCCGGCGUCGGCACCAGAACUGAGAAACCGGUAUAUCGCGCAGGCGGACCAGCAUUUCACUUUUGGUGUCAGCACUGUUACCUCGAUUCUCUCUCAGUUCGAAUUGACUCAGGAGAAUGCCCAACCCAUCUACAUCGCUGCUAUCCUCAUCUGCUUUGUCUACUUUGCACGCGGGCCGCCGCCGGGGGAGUACCUUGUUUUCAGUGACACUGGCCAGGCGGAAUGGCUGGUUCUUCUGCGCGGUGUCCGGUUUAUCGUCUCAACGCGACAUCAAAAUAUUUUCAAAGGAGUCAUGGCGCCGCCCGAUGCAGAUCAAGAGAUGAUGAAGCAGCGCUAUAUCAGCCCGGAAUGGCUAGAGAUCUGGAGAGGUGACCAGCGGCAGCUCCUGGAGGUUCGACAACUGGUCCGCCAGAGGAGUGCCGAUUUUGUCCAAGGAGACGUGUACGUUUCUCUGGUUGACAGUCUGAUGCAGACGUUUGAGGAUGCAUAUGUCAAGAUAAGUGCGCACCGGGAGAGAGUUGGUUUGAUGCAGAUCAUUGUCGGUUGGCUGUAUCGCCUUCCUGAAGCGUACAUCAGUCUCCUGCAAGAGAAGCAGCCUCCUGCAUUGGUUAUACUUGCGCAUUGGAGUAUUUUACUUCAGUACAUGAGGUCUGUCUGGUACAUGCGUGGCUGGGACUAUCAUGUCAUCGACGGGGUCCAGCGCUUUCUACCGUGGGAUUGGAAGGAAUGGGCAUCCUGGCCUUUGAGACGGAUGCAGUCAAUAGAACUUCCCGGAUAGUAUCCAUUUACUGGGAGUUGGGGAUUGUUUUUCACUUUAUUUUUCUAUUUCU